AUGCAUCGAACAGUACUGGUGUCGAGUCUGUUGACUUCAGCAUUGGUUUGGGCGCAGAAUUCAACUGCACCCGCGUCUGCUGACUCCCUCCCAUUUCCCAUCUCAUCCGAUACAGUCGAAGGAGAUCCCAAUUACAUCGCACCUCUCUAUCCCAUUCUGCCGUUCAAUCAAUAUGCCGGCAAUCCAAUCCUUGAGCCCAACCCCGCAAACAAUUGGGAGUCCGCCUUUCUAUACAAUCCAACAGCAAUCGUCUUGAAUGAAACCAUUUUCCUCCUCUACCGAGCUCAAAACGCUUCAAAGACUAGCAGCGUCAGCCUUGCUUGGAGUACCGAUGGUUAUCACUUCACACGCCUCAAUCAGCCCAUUCUCUACGCCACCGAGCCCUGGGAAGCUGGCGGAGGUACUGAGGACCCACGCAUUGUCCGUGUUAAUGGCACCUUCUACUUGACAUAUACCGGGUACAAUCUGACGUCUCCGCAACUCUGUCUCGCGACUUCUACAGAUCUUCUGAACUGGACAAAGUACCCGCCUCUCUUUCCGGACUGGCAAGACGUUGCGUACAGCGACAUCGACAUACCGGAGCCGAGGUUCAAUCACUCCAAGUCCGCCGCCAUCACCAAUGAAAAGAUCGAAGGGGUCUAUCACAUGUACUGGGGAGACAGCUUUCUCUACCACGCUACAUCCCCGGACAUGCUCAACUGGACAACUUUACCCGCAUUGCAGUACUUCGCUGGACCUGUCUUUCCGUGGGAAAACCGACUAAUCGAAGCAGGGCCUGCACCUGUGAAGACCAGAGACGGGAGGUGGAUUCUGGUCUACAACGGCGCCACAUCUGGCCGAGCUGGAUAUCCUGCCGCGCAGUAUGGUGUUGGACAGAUGCUGAUCGAUCCGAGCGGAGCUUUCAGACCGACCGUCAACACCUCCAUCAUUAACCCGGUCACUGGAGGAACUUAUCAACCAGCUCUUGCGGAUGGACCGGUCGCACGGAUCGAGAGACCAAUGGUGUUCCCCAGUACGCCUGCAGAGACGGAGGGUCAGGUUGAUCGGGUCACAUUCGCAGAAGGGCUGGUACAAUUCAAAGGGAAGUGGUUUCUCUACUUUGGUCAGGCGGACAGUACUCUGGGUGUUGCUAUAGCGGAUGUACAGCCCGCAGAUCUUGGGCCGAGCCAUUACAUGUGA